AUGAGCAUCACAAAGGCGCCUCCCGGCUUCCGAGAGGUCAUCCUCAUCGAGUCUGGCGUUGGUACGGACCAGCACGGCCAGGACCUCACCAAGGCCUGUGUGCGGGCGUGCAAGGACGCCAUCUCCUUCAACUCGGUCCCGUCCCUCGAGCGGCUGGUGCCCGGAGGGGCAGGCAACGCCCUCCUCCGCCUUCAGCUCGCGGUGCCGUUUGACUCCAGCGCGGACGGGCUGCCCACGCCGCCUGCGAUUGAUAUGGCGGAGGUGCAGGCGUGCUUCGCCUACGGCAAGCUGCUGCCGGUCGAGAUUUUGCAGGGUGGGGCGCGGUUCGAGUCGAUGUGCUCCGUGCCGUCGCUCGGCGACUCUGCUGAGGACAGCUCCUGGGUCUAUGCCAUCGCCUGCGUGACAGUCGGGUACUGA